AAUUUUUAAUACGGUGAAAACGACACGUGGAACUAUGGAGAGAGCGUGGAAUGUCCGCGCAACGCGACGCGUAUAAUAGGCCAUAUUCCCUUCCCCGCACACCCAACCCUCCGUAUCUUCGCCGGCCGUUGAGCUCUUCCACAUCGGCGAGAAUUGUGAGAAAGCAAAAAUAAGGACGAUAAACAACAGCGUGAUUCGAUUCUUCAUCGUAGUAAGAAAGAAGAGAUAAAUAACAAAACUGGCAAAGAGAAAUUUUGUUUUUGGUGUUGAAGAGACAAUAUAACUGUUGAAAAAUCUCGUUGACGGCGGGAUGGGGCGCAGCGAUGUGGAGGUUAUCUCGGCGGAGAUGGUGAUGGCCUACAAUCUGAAAGAGGCCUCCAAUUGGUGGGAAGACAUUAACAAGUCGCCUGUUUGGCAGGAUCGCACCUUCAAUGUCCUCGCCGGUCUUUACGGUCUGGUCGCGGCUGUCGCUCUGGUUCAACUGGUACGGAUACAAUUGAGGGUUCCGGAGUAUGGUUGGACCACGCAGAAGGUUUUCCAUUUUCUCAAUUUCCUGGUGAAUGGGGUUCGAGCUAUAGUUUUUGUUUUCCGCCGGAAUAUACAACACUUGCAUCCAGAGAUUGUGCAACAUAUCCUGCUGGAUUUGCCAAGUCUUGCUUUCUUCACAACAUAUGCGCUUUUGGUUCUCUUUUGGGCUGAAAUUUACUAUCAGGCACGCGCUGUAUCUACUGAUGGACUGAGGCCAAGUUUCUUUACAAUUAAUGCAGUUGUGUAUGCACUUCAGAUUGCUAUGUGGUUAAUAUUAUGGUGGAAGCCUAUCCCAGUUGUGGCCACCCUAUCUAAGAUGUUCUUUGCAGGUGUUUCUUUGUUUGCAGCUCUUGGGUUUUUACUUUAUGGUGGAAGGCUCUUCUUAAUGUUGCAACGGUUCCCUGUAGAAUCAAAAGGACGGCGUAAGAAACUGCAGGAGGUUGGUUAUGUGACUACCAUUUGCUUCUCAUGUUUCCUCAUCAGAUGCAUUAUGAUGUGCUUUAAUGCAUUUGAUAAAGCUGCAAAUCUUGAUGUAUUGGACCAUCCAGUUCUGAACUUCAUAUAUUACCUGUUGGUUGAGAUAUUGCCCUCUUCUUUGGUCCUCUUCAUUUUGAGGAAGCUGCCACCAAAACGAGGUAUCACACAAUAUCAUCCCAUACGCUGAUCCAAGCUAUAUACAGCAAAUGCAGUGAAAACAAAUGAUGCUUUCACUUGAAGCAUGUUCAUCUACCCGUAAGGGAGAACAAACACAAUGGGGAGAUAUAAGUUGACCAUUUUGUGUUUGCAGUCAGGCAUGGAUUCUGAAUUGUCAAAAUUUCUGUAAUUGGUGUUUGUAGAUUUGUUGGAAAAUACAUCAACCUAUUACAUCUAUUGUUGUUUGUAUGUGUUGCGGUUUUUGCAUUUAGCGUUUCCUUAUGGUUCUGCAUUAGAAAAUGACUCUUCUUUUGAAGGAAAAAUAAUUGUUGUAUGGUUAGGAAAAGAAAGUAGAGAUCAUACACUUUCGGCUAAAUAUCAUCUAAUUAUUUGUUUAUACGAGCAAGGCAUGAUGCUUCUUGAUGG